AUGGUAGGAAUACUCGGAGCCAUUGCUGACGGCAUGGCGUCAGGAUUAGGAUGGGGUAUGGGGAUGAGAAUGAUGGAUGGCUUGUUCGGACCGAGAACAAUGGAGGUUGUACAUCAUAAUGAAGACUCAUCGUCGGCGAUGGAGUCGUCCUCCUCGUCUACUACUGCUACGAACGACUCGUCGACUGGAUUGGAGGGCGACAAUGGUACUUCGUGGUUCAGUAGCGAUAAUGAUCAGGGAAUGACUGAUGAUAGCGGCGGCUCUUGGUUCAGUGGUGAUGGUGGUGGUGACUGGGACUUCUAG